AAGCUUUCAGGACUUAAGCUUAAGAUUCCACCCUUCCAUGGCAAGGUGGAUCCAGAUGCCUACUUGGAAUGGGAAAAGAAGAUCGAGCUUGUCUUCAAUUGCCAACACUACUCCAAUGCCCAAAGGAUCAAGAUUGCAGCAACUGAAUUCUAUGAUUAUGCGUUGAGUUGGUGGGAUCAACUUGUAACUACUAGACGGCUUAACCAAGAGAAUCCGGUUGAUUCAUGGCACGAGAUGAAGUCACUCAUGCGCAAACGGUUUGUUCCAAGUCACUAUCACCGCGACCUACAUCAAAAGCUGCGAAGACUUACCCAAGGAACACGAACUGUUGAAGAAUACUAUCAAGACAUGGAGUUGCUGAUGUUGAGAGCUAGUAUCUUGGAGGAUAGAGAAGCCACUAUGGCAAGGUUUCUUGGAGGGCUUAACCGUGAGAUACAAGACAAUGUGGAGAUGCAACACUAUGUGGAAAUAGAAGAGAUGUUGCACAAAGCUAUUCUAGUGGAGCAGCAGCUCAAGAGGAAGGGUAACUCACGCAGCUAUGGAUCGUCUAAGUUCCACCACUCUAAAGAAGAGAAAACAUCCUAUCUGAAGGAUAGCAAGCCUCAGCAGAAAGAAGAGACUAAGCCGAGCAGCAUAUACAGCAAAGACAAAGGCAAAGCUGAAAUUACUAGUUCAAGAACUAGAGAUGUUAAGUGCUUCAAAUGUCAAGGGCGUGGGCAUUAUGCUAAUGAAUGCACCAACAAAAAGAUUAUGAUUCUUCUUGAGAAUGGAGAGUAUGAAUCAGAGGAAGAGAAGUUUGGUUCUGAUCAUGAGGAGUCUGAAGAAGAAAGUGAAGUAGAACCCGUGAAAGGAAGAUUGUUGGUGACAAGAAGGCUCUUGAACGUACAAGCCAAGAAUGGAGAUGAGACUAUGGUGAAGAAAUUGGGUUUGAAGAUUCAGAAACACCCAAGACCCUACAGAUUGCAGUGGCUCAAUGAAGAGGGCGAGAUGAAAGUGUCUACUCAAGUACUGGUUCCUAUAGCCAUUGGUAGAUAUGAAGAUGAAGUCUUGUGUGAUGUGUUGCCAAUGGAAGCCAGUCAUAUACUCCUUGGAAGACCCUGGCAGUAUGAUAGACGUGUGAAUCAUGAUGGCUUCACCAACAAACAUUCUUUUGAAUUCAACGGAAAGAAGACUGUGCUGGUGCCUUUAUCUCCUAAAGAGGUUCAUGAAGAUCAAAUCCAACUUCAGAAAAAGAAAGCGAAAGAGAUUGAUCUCAAACCUGAUCAUGACAAGCAUCACAGCCUCUAUGCCAAACAGGGAGAUAUCAAAAGAAUUCUCUACUCACAAAAUUCUAUUAUCUUGUUUAGGUUUAAAGGGACUCUUCUAACAGUUACUGAUCACACACCGGAUCAUCCGAGUGAACUAGUUUCUCUUUUACAGGAGUAUGCAGAUGUGUUUCCAGAAGAUAGCCCCAUUGGAUUGCCUCCAGUGCGUGGGAUUGAGCACCAAAUAGACUUUGUACCUGGUUCUACACUGCCCAACCGUCCAGCAUACAGGACCAAUCCAGUUGAAACCAAAGAACUGCAGAAACAAGUAGAGGAGCUGAUGGAGAAGAGAGCAAUCAACAACAUAACAGUGAAGUAUCGCCACCCUAUUCCUAGAUUAGAUGAUAUGCUUGAUGAAUUGCAUGGUUCUUGCAUCUUUUCUAAGAUAGACUUGAAAAGUGGAUAUCAUCAGAUUAGGAUGAAAGAAGGAGAUGAGUGGAAAACUGCAUUUAAAACUAAACAUGGCUUGUAUGAAUGGUUAGUUAUGCCAUUUGGAUUAACCAAUGCGCCUAGUACAUUCAUGAGAUUGAUGAAUCAUAUUCUUAGGUCUUUCAUAGGCAUCUUUGUUGUUGUGUACUUUGAUGAUAUCUUAGUUUACAGCAAAUGCUUAGAAGAUCAUAUAGAACAUCUUAGGGCUGUUUUGGAUGUUUUGAGAAAAGAAAAGCUCUAUGCCAAUCUAAAGAAGUGCACUUUUUGCACAGAUAACUUGGUCUUUCUAGGUUUUGUUGUAAGUGCAGAUGGUGUAAAAGUGGAUCAGGAAAAGAUCAAAGCAAUACAAGAGUGGCCGAGUCCAACUACAGUGGGAGAAAAGGAUGUAGGAUUCAAGUGGGGAGAAGCUCAGGAAGCCGCAUUCCAACUCCUUAAAGAGAAGCUUACUCAAUCUCCUCUACUCAUACUUCCUGAUUUUUCUAAAACAUUUGAAAUAGAAUGUGAUGCCUCAGGAAUUGGAAUUGGUGCUGUGUUGAUGCAGGAUAAAAGACCUAUUGCUUACUUCAGUGAGAAACUCAGUGGAGCUACUCUCAACUAUGCCACUUAUGACAAAGAACUCUACGCCUUGGUGAGAGCUCUACAGACUUGGCAGCAUUAUCUCUGGCCAAAGGAGUUUGUCAUUCACACCGACCAUGAGUCUCUCAAGUAUCUUAAAGGACAAAGUAAGCUCAGCAAGAGACAUGCUAGAUGGGUAGAAUUCAUUGAAACCUUCCCGUAUGUGAUCAAAUACAAACAAGGUAAGGAGAAUAUAGUUGCUGAUGCACUAUCCCGAAGGGAAUCCCAUGGAGGAAGCUUGAUGAUGCAUUCUGCUUCUAAGUUUUCUCCGUUUGAAAUUGUUUAUGGGUUCAAUCCCAUCUCACCUUUGGAUCUAAUACCUUUACCUGAGUGUGAAAGGGUUAGUAUGGAUGGGAAAAAGAAAGCUGAGAUGGUUCAGCAGAUUCAUGAGCAAGCUAAGCGCAAUCUAGAAGAGAAAACUAAGCAAUACGCCAAACAAGCCAACAAGGGAAGGCGUGAGAUGAUCUUUGAAGUUGGAGAUCAAGUAUGGGUUCACUUGAGGAAAGAAAGGUUUCCAAAAGAGAGGAAGUCUAAGCUAAUGCCGAGGAUUGAUGGCCCUUUUGAAGUCACCAAGAGGAUCAAUGACAAUGCCUACAAACUUGAUCUGCAAGAUGAGCCAGAUUUGAGGUCAAAUCCUUUUCAAGAGGGAGGGGAUGAUGUGAUCAUGGACCAACUAUCUAGUGGAGAUGAUGAGGAUCUGGAUAAGCCGACUGAUGGAGAUGAUCUAGCCUUGCCUAAAGGACCUAUGACUCGAUCAAGAUCAAGGAAGCUCACGCAAGUUAUUGGAGGAUUGCCGUUGCUGUCUGUACCUGAUGGAGAGAGUCUCAUUGGAAGCAAAGGAGGAUGGAGAGGCGUCAUGAACCUCAAGCCAAAACUCCUUGUCCAAGAGCUUGUUACAUCCUGCUACAAGAAAGAUGAAGUGAAGAGAAGCAGGCUUGAUAGUAUGGAGCAAGGAGGGGUCUUUGGGUGUGAGAAACAAGAAGGAGGCCAUGGACUGAAGGAGAAGGAGUUGGGUGACGACCUAGACUCUUGA